GGGAGUUAGGGAGAGAUACAAGAAGUGCCGUGUGCAAACUUCGAGCGGCGAAAGACUACGCGUUGCGGGUACCCCUCAGCGCCAUUCGAAUUACAUUUUAUCGCAGUGGUAGUCAGGUGUCUGGAAGGCAAGACUAGCCCCAGCCGAACCUAAGCCAGUGCUUUCUCGCAUUCCGGCCAACGAGCUACCCAACGACAAACCGACAAGGUCAAGAAAGUAAUCCCCACCCAACAAUAUGCCUUUCAAGCCUGUGGAAAACCCCAAGUGCCCAAAAUGUGGCAAGUCUGUGUAUGCGGCAGAGGAGAGAGUCGCAGGAGGGCUGAAAUUUCACAAGAUGUGCUUCAAGUGUGGAAUGUGCAACAAGCUUCUGGACUCCACCAACUGUUCUGAGCAUGAAGGUGAGCUGUUCUGCAAGGUGUGCCAUGCACGCAAGUAUGGCCCCAAGGGAUAUGGCUUUGGCGGCGGUGCCGGUUGCCUUAGCAUGGACCAGGGAGAACAUCUCACCAAAUCUGAAACUGAGAUGGUGAACCAUGCUGUGCAGGAGACGAAAGCCAUUGCUAAGGCCCCUGAAGGUGAAGGCUGCCCUCGCUGUGGUGGUUAUGUGUAUGCUGCUGAGCAAAUGUUGGCACUGGGCCGAGGCUGGCACAAGGGCUGCUUCCGCUGUAAUAAUUGCAAUCGCACACUGGAUUCCACAACACAUUGUGAUGGCCCAGAUAAAGAGAUAUACUGUAAAGUUUGCUACGCUAAACGAUAUGGGCCUCAUGGAAUUGGGCGUGGAGGCGGGUCAAUAAUAGGGCUCACGUCAGAUAUAUUGGAUGCGAGUGAAGCACCUAGGACAACAGUGAUUGAUACAGCUAUCAUUAAGGCCCCUGCUGGCCAGGGGUGCCCGCGAUGUGGUGGUGUCGUUUAUGCUGCUGAGCAAAUGCUAGCUAAGGGCAGAGAAUGGCAUCGCAAGUGUUUCAAGUGUCGUGACUGCACCAAGACCUUGGACUCAGUUCUAGCGUGCGAUGGACCUGACCGCGAUGUCUACUGCAAGACUUGCUAUGGCAAGAAAUUUGGCCCACAUGGUUAUGGUUUUGCUUGUGGUUCGGGAUUCCUCCAGACUGAUGGACUUACAGAGGAGGAGAUCUCCAGUUUUCGGCCUUACUACAACCCUGAUACAACAUCCAUCAAGGCUCCAGCUGGCCAGGGGUGUCCUCGAUGUGGAGGUGCUGUGUUUGCUGCUGAGCAGCAGCUUGCAAAGGGAACGAUGUGGCACAAGAAAUGCUUCAACUGCUCAGAUUGCCAUAGGCCACUGGAUUCAGUACUAGCAUGUGAUGGUCCAGACCGUGAAAUAUACUGCAAGGCAUGCUAUGGAAAGAAGUUUGGCCCGAAGGGCUUCGGUUAUGGCCAUGCUCCUACUCUGGUAUCUACCCAUGGAGAAUCAACCAUCUCUUACCCUGAUACCAAACCUACAACAGGAUUUAAGGCCCCUAAAGGACAAGGUUGUCCGCGAUGUGGUUUUGUUGUGUAUGCUGCUGAGCAGAUGAUCAGUAAGAACAGGAUCUGGCACCGACGCUGCUUCCACUGUGGUGAGUGUGGCCGCUCUCUGGACUCCACCAACUUGAAUGAUGGUCCAGAUGGUGACAUCUAUUGCCGUGGCUGUUAUGGCCGAAAGUUCGGGCCCCAUGGUGUAGGUUUUGGUAUGGGUGCUGGAACCUUAACUAUGGCUUGAACCUACUCCCACUGUUCCCUCAUACCCAAAUUAGAUCCCUUUGAAUGCGUGUUGUAAGUCAAGUUUUUCUUCUGUAUCUUUCAACUAUUUCCACCUCAACCAAGACUCAAAAGGGAACAAAAUACAAGAUGUUUACUUUUGUAGUAUGGUGUAGUACUCGAGGUCAUAUUGGAAUAACUUGAUCAACUUAUGUUUUCAUGGGGUAUGCAACUCAAUUUGCUAUAUAUGUAUAUCUACCUAUGCGCAAUACAUCCCAUAUAGCUUCUUCUAAUGUCAUUUUUUGUUCUCAAAUAUCCAUGGCUUACAUUACUAGAUAUAAAUCAUGCUAUAUUGAUCAGAAAUUGUGGAACUAUUUGUAUUCUAACAAAAAUAUUACGGAAUGCUUUUAUUAAUAUAUUAUAUAAUAUUAAAAGGGGGCUUUAAGAAAGGAAUGAGCAUUUAAUUGAAUAUGAGACUCAAGACCAUGGAUGUGGCUGGAAAAAAUUGUAUUCAAGCAUGUUGCAACAACACAGUGAUUGGGCAAGUAGGAAGCGAAAAAGAAGUAGUGCCGGGAAUGUUGCAAUCAUUGACUUUAAUUUUUUCUUUCUGUAUAAGAGUACAAAUAUCUGUCAGUUUAGGAGAAGUUGUUUACACAUCAUGUUGGUGUUUCUUUCUUUUCUUUCAAAACUUCUGUGUGUGCAUGUGUACUUCUUGUGGGGUCAAAGCAUGGAAGGUAAGUGAUACUGUUAGAGCCUUGUCUUGUCACAUUACAGUAAUAUGUAUAUGUGUAUACGUGUUGGUGCAUUCCGCAACUAUUACUUGUCUGAUCACUGUGUAGAACAACAUAGUUCCUGAUGAGUUUUUUCAUAGUCACAGAUAACCCUUGUAGUAAUCGUAUGCUAUCUGCGUGCAAUAUCACAUUACAAGCAAUUAUUUUGUAGAUUAAAAGUUGAGCAUAAUAUUUGUGUGAAUGAAUAUGAUAGAACAACCUCUCAGGUUGAUUACUCUAGUCAAUGAGACCUGAAUAUAUAUAUAGGACAUUUAUUCCUUUUGUGCAUAUUUUGUGAAAUGCCUGACAUGAAGUAUUAUUUUGUUCAUAAUGUUCAUAUAUGACUAAAAAAUGUUUUAUUACUUCUAAGAUCAGCGUAUGAGCUUUUGUGUUGGACAACCUUUGAAAAAAUGUUCUUAGGAAUAAUUUGAAAAACCUUGAAAUUUGCCCUUGGAUGGUGUUUUCUAUGACCGGUAUGGGAAACAUCACCCAUAAGGCACCAUUAUCAUUAAGAAGUAGAGGAUAAAGGCAGGAUUCAGUAUGAAAGAAAAUGAGUCAUUCAUAAGUGACAGAGUUGUUGUUCAGGUAUUUCAUUGUUGUUUGCUUUGGUUUGGCAAUAAAUUUUGUCAUCUCAACCAGGAUUGACACUGGGUCUCAUGCCCGCCAUGCGAGCGGGUGGGAGACUGGGGUGAUAAUAUUUUUCACUUUAACCAAUAUUAAAAUACAACAGUUUGAGAAACAGUUGCAAUGUGCACUGUGACAACCGCUUACUUCUUUUAUAGAAGGUAGCAACAACAGAAACUGUCACAUUAACAACAUUAAUGGCAGAGAAACUUGUAAAAUAUCCCUCUCUAUAUGAUCAUUCAAUUUAAAGAUAUUGUAUGAAAUAUUUUUCAAAAUAAGCACUAAAGAAGAUUUUGGGAAGAUACUGUAUUCAUUGAAACUAAUGCAAUUUUUUUUUUGGUAAAAACAAAAGACUGCAGCAUGAAGUAGAUCAUACAGAAUACUAUAUUGUAUAUGCAAAUGUUUGACUCAGAAUUUACCAUUGUAUGCAAUAACAUUGUGGAUUUUAACGAACUAACAAACUGAGGAAUUCUUGCAGAUUUUCGUUUUGUGAACAGCUGUAAAUACUGGAUUACAAGCAAGAAUUCUUUGAUUAAUUUUACUGUUAUUUAAUUUUAAGGGUUUAAAUAUUACUUCUGAUCAGCUUCUUACUUUAUUUGAACUGUUGUCUAUUUCCAUCAGAAUACAGUGUAGGAUGAUAGUAUUAACAGGACUAUAUUGAAGGAUCCACUACCACAAUGAGGACUCAAACCUUCCUACCACAGAUUCCAUUUGAGUCUAACUACAAGUGUCAAAAAACAUUGCUCAUCUCAGCACAUAUAUGGUGGACUUGGAUGAAGUAGUUGAAUAUAUUUUAUGGACAGCAACUGCACUGGCAAGCCAUAUCAAUUUGCCUAGAGCAAGUUUAUUUUGACAGCUGAGUUACUGAUGACAGAAUAUGUUCAUUAUUCCUAUAAAAAUACCUUUACUUUAGGAAUAAAUGGAAUAGAUUCCAUAACAAGACUUUAUUAACACAAUUGUGUUACACAAAUAGAAGAUAAUUUGAAUAAAGUUGACGCUGAACAUUAUUUGCUAUAAUAUUCUUAUAUAAAUGCAAUUGAAGCUGAUGAGGAAAUGUAUGAAGGGAUUGCAAAACGAGGAAAUCACAUAUGAAGAAACAGUGGCAAAUGUGUUGAUGUUACAUCUAAAGCUUACAUGUUUUUCACAGUAAUUGACACAAGUCUGUGAGUUCAGACGUAGUAAGGAUUUGUUUAAUUAUGCUGGCAAAAGUGAGCCAGACAAACUGAUUGACACAAAUAAUAAUCCAGGACUAUCUUCAGACUAAGCAGUAGACACCCAAAUACAAAACUGUUUUUUACACAGAGAUGCAUUCCUUCACGUUCUUUUUAUAUCAGAUUCAUUUUGAAAUAGCACCCUUAUUUCAGAUUAAAAUAUUUCACUGCUAAUCUGAAGACUUUAUUGUAUAAAGUUAUUUUAUGAGCAGUGAUGAAAAUGUUACAUAAUAGCAAAUUUUUAAUCAACUGUAGCAAAUUGAAUAUAUAUAUAUAUUUUUUUUAAGACAGUGUCAUUAUACAACCAAGCAUAAAUAGUCUGAAGUCACGAAGAAAGCUGAGCAUGAAGGUACUCUGUAAUGGGAUUAAAAUGUCUGAAGUUAGACCUGGGCUUUACUACGAAUAAAUACAAAAAAUAUAAAUAAUAAAAAAAUCGCAUUAUAAUGAAAUUAAAAACUCGGAUCAUGACUGAGGGAACAAAUCCAAUCAAAGUGUUCAUUGUUUGUCUUCUUACCAUUUCCUUCUCCUUCCUUCAUUUUGUAAUUUUUUUAGGGAACAUCGAACGACCAGGCCUGAAUUUUUGGCUUGUGAAUAACGUAUACUGUGUAUGGUAAAUAUCAUUGAAUUGUAUGACUUAAGCAUACUACAUAAUUUGCAUCUUUUUAAUCAGCCUUUUCUUGCUUCAACUUACUGACUAUUAUGAUGAGCGUACAUGAUGCUGAUCCACGUAGUUCAGCGGCAGGUUCCUUGAUUCAUUGCUUUUUGCAUUUGUUAUCACAAUCAUUGUUAUUACUAUUACUUUUGUCUGGAAUGUAUGUAAUGUAUGGAAAAUAAUCUGAAUAAAAGUGAUCCAACAAAA